UUAAAUUAAGCCCAUAUUCAUUCGUCUCAAAAGACUAUCCUUCCUUUUAGGUUUCGACUAAUACUCCACCUCCUAGCUUUUCCACUAUACAACGACCUAACUUACCACCGCCUCUUACACUCAUUCGAACGCUAAACCUAACCAGUGUCAAAUUGAAGUAUAAGAGAAAGUUGAAAGAGAAAAAUGGCGAAGUCAAUGAGAUCAAAGAGGGAGAAGAGGUUGAGGGCUAUUAGGAGAGAGAUUGUUGAGCCGUAUUAUGACAAAAAAGAAGCUGCUAAGCUAGCUGCUCAAGAAGCUGCUCUUGCUGCACCUAAGCUUCAGGUUUCCCUUCCAUCAAAAACUGCCAUGGAAGCUUCCACUUCCACUGACAACAACGACGACAACAACAAGAACACCAUGGAUGUGGAUAUGGCUGUUGGAAAUCAAAGUAUGGCUUCCUUGAAGCCGGUUGGUAGAAUAGGGAAGAAAUUGAAAAAGAAAUUUAAAAUGGCUAAAGGCAAGCGCCGUGCUGGUAAUGGAAAGCCGAGUGGAAAGCGUCACAUAUGAAUCCAUUAGAGAGUGCUAAUGGUGAUGCUGGGCUAGUUAAGAGUUCUGUGCUCUUAAUUCAUGAACACUGUUUAAAUUUUGAUUGAAAAACAGGACGACUAUUCAACUAUCUUCAUUAUGUACUGGUUCUUUUAUUAACUAGAGUUUUUAGAUAUUGAGGUACAACACAAUAUUAGUACGGAGAAGUGAUUAAUGUUGAUGACUCCUUAUGAACAUGGAGGAUAUAUAAUAUAAUUUCUGCACUAACCAUGUUCUUGAAUGUGGAAUUUGAUAAUACCAGUUUAUUUAUAGCUCUCAUGGUUAUAGUUUUCUUAGCUUUUUUCCAUUUAUCAAUGUGAUAUUGAAAUAACAUUCAGUGCUAUGUUUAAUUUUCUGUUCAUGAUAA